UUUCUGGUGGUUAGCUCCACUCAGUGUCCCAAAGUGAAGUAAGAAAAGAAGUUGUGAGUGUAUACAUAACAAUCAAAUGUAAGGAUACUCUUUGAAAAAAAAAAAAGGUGGAAACAGUAUUCGGAAUGGCCCCCGAAGGGCGAAUCAGUUAUUACAGGAAAGGAGGAAAAUAGUAAAAAUAAUUAAUAAUGAGAAUGGUGGGGAAAAGGUGUUAGCUCCAUGCGCACAGCGAUUGUCUGGUCGACUGCAAUAUUCAUGGUGCCAGCACCAUUUUUAGUCCAUUUAUAAAUAUGUCUUCACCGACAUAUUAUUUUAUUGAACAACGUGUGCUGUCAAAAUUAUAUGUUAACUUGAACCAAUUACCGACCCAAGGUCACAGAUGAGGUGCCUUAAUAUUCUAUGGCCUUAAUCUGUGCCACAGAAUAACAGGUUUUAUUUUAUCUGUGCCGAGUUCGCAUCACGCGCACAAACAUAAACAUUUUGACACAAAAAUUUGAGGUUAGUCAACGAUGGUGAAAAAUAUCCUCGUUUUUGUACCAAAUUCACUCAGUUUGAAUAAGAGUGGAUAUUUGGAGGGCUUCCGGCAAGAUUACGAUGAAAGUGAAGCUUAUUACAUUACUUGUGAUGUCACAGUUAAACAAACAAGAAAUGUUAUCGGUUUUUUGGGCAACGACGUGACCACCAAAAUGAAAAAUGUUGACUUUAAGGCCGUUCAUAUUAAUACGAACUCAAAAAUUAGUUUAUUAAAUUUCGGAAAUCUGCCUAAUUCGAGUGUGGUGAGAAUUGUUUACGAUUUUGGAGCGUUUCGUGAUUGUGAUGAUUUGGACGAUGAUCAGUAUGGGAUACAGUUUAAGUUUCUGAGCAGUCAUUUGAGAAAACAUAAGCGGAAAAAUGAAGAAAACGGGCGCGAGAAUGCCCUCACUUUUGUUAUUGCCAUCCUGGGGUGGUUAUUACAAUUUUUAAAUAAAUUUAAAUUAGUGUGGGCUUAUUCAGCUACGAUUUCACACUUUUCUGAUAAUUUAAACGCGUUUAAGUGGUUUUUUGCUGAAGUGAAUAAAGAAAAACGGGUGUCACCCAGAAUUGGGAAUUUUAUUUUAGCAAAAUUGCUUGAUUUAAUAUUGGGGAUAAUUUUGUUACGCAUUUUUAUAGAAAAUGAAAAUUUGAUCGUAAAUUUCAUUGAUAAUAUUAGAGAGACUUUAAUUCUUAAUUUUCGUCACCUUUUAAUCUAUCUCAUGGGGUCCCCUAUCGGUUUAAAAUUAAAUUAUGCUUUCAAUAAAUCAUUAGGAAGAUUUUUCUUUUACCACAUUUCGUUAUGGAGAGUGUUUUUAUUAACAAUGCAACCUUUUGUUAAACAAUAUUUCAAAUUGCUAGUCUUGCCUGGCGCUUUUGGAUUUUCUUAUCAAAUAGCAAUGCUUUCGGAUCUUAUUUCAAUUGCAACAUUUCAUGUUUAUUGCAUUUAUGUGUAUGCCGCUAGACUAAUUUAUUUGCAACUGAAAGGUUUACUAUCACUGUGGCGUCUCUUUAUCGGGCGAAAAUAUAACCCAUUACGGGCCAGAGUUGACUCUUAUCAGUAUUCGCAACACCAAUUAUUUAUCGGGACUUUGGGCUUCACAGUAUUGUUAUUUCUACUACCUACCACAACCAUGUAUUACACCGUUUUUGUGAUAGUUGGCAAUAAUGAUCGUUGAGGAAAUUCUACUACGAUUUCGGUAUUUCUUACAGUGUUUUCCCAUUUAUAUUUUUAUUUUAUGGAUGUUCAAGUCGCCAAAAAUGUCAGGUCCUGUCUUUUUAAAAUGUAAAAAAUCUAAGGAUGGAAUUGUAACACUUGAGGCUCAUUUAAAAAUGUUGCCCUUGUUGACCAGUUUGCAGACUUUCGCUCCAAACACGAACAAGUCAAGGACGAGUUUAUCUUGGAGUAAAAUUUUCACAGGCGUAUUACUUUAAUUGAUUUAUUUGUUUCUUGUUAUACAGUAAUAAAUAUUUGCACCUUAAAUAA